GCAGUGCCAGCCUCGUCUGUGCGUUCUCUUGGCGACGAGGAGCGGGGCGUUCCACAUGCACCUGCGGAACAAGACAGAAAUAUCAAGUAUGCCUUUGUCGUGAACACUUUCUGGCUUGCGCGAUUGCGAGCCGGACGCUGUGAAAAAGCGACGCAGUUCGUAAGUAGCGGUGAAAAAGAGCACGAUCACCAGAGCAGUACAACAAAGCUUUCUGCGGUUGCAGCCAAGAACGAGGCAUCAUCUUCCGACACGACGUUCGAUCCUGAUCACGGUGGAGAACUAAAUCCAGAACUUACAGAGCCUAGCCGCAGCGGGCGAAGAACGCAGAGCAGAAAUUCUCCAUUACUUUCAGCGAUCGGUCGUGGGCCCGACGAGCACCCGCACGGUGGGAGUUCUAGAAUGCGACCGCUCUUGGGAGAGCCGCCGCUCGUACCGGGUCAGGCAAAUGCUUCUGCACGUGAUGGAACGUCAGCGCAACACAGAACCGGUCGCGUUCCACUUCGAGGGGAAGAUGCUGCAAGCGCUCCGGAUCCCGGCCACGCGAUUCCCGCCAACGAGGUACAGAGCUACGCGCGUCCGACUCCCGCCAACGAAGAUGUAGCGAAGAUUCAACGGCUUGGGUAUUUGCGAGCAGGACUUAGCAGCCUGACGUGCAGCUUUCGCGUUGGAAUCACAAACAAGGAAGCUCUGGAUUUCUACGCAAACAGUCGAUACUUCACGAAUGAUACGAAUUUCCUUCUGCUAUGCAAUGUGGUUGGUUAGCGAGUGCCGGCUCUGAAGUCCAAUGUUUCUGGAUGGCUUGUGGUGCAUGCAAUAUUUUUCUAAAGACAGUUGCACGCCAUGCACUUAGAUGGGGCCCUGCUCCACAUGUCGGAUAUCAGUCACCGAAUCCACAUCUGCGGAGUGCUCCACCUAAGAGUAAGAAGAGAAGCAGCCAGCAGUAUUUUCAAAUGAUAAUAAUUUCGGUUUGGGCUAUGUCAUUUGCAUUUUCUUCUGCGCCUCGCCCGGCAAUUGAGCUUUCUCAUCGCAUAAUCCAUCCGUUUAGCAAUUUUCGGGGUGUAUAACGUGGUGAUUCUGUACUCCCUCGCGUUCGACCUGAUUCAAGACGAGUCCCAUGAUCACGGGUGGUUUACGUAUCUGAAGCACUGGGUAUUCCUGUUGACCAGCUUCUACUUGAUGCUGGCGUGCUACGUGACGUACACAUCGCAAAGCACGUUGAGAAAAGUGGCAGGAUAGAAGACGCCGGAAGUGA